AUGUACAAGGUGCAACUUUUGUCAUGCAUUGCACUAACUCUUGUACUCCUCACAAACAGUGCACCUACUUCAAGUUCUACAAAGGAAACACAGGAACAACUCGGUCAACUACUGCUGGAUUUACAGGUGCUUUUGAAAGGAGUUAAUGAUUACAAGAAUUCCAAGCUUUCAAGGAUGCUAACAUUUAAAUUUUAUAUGCCUAAAAAGGUCACAGAACUGGAACAUCUUCAGUGUCUAGAAGAAGAACUCAAACCUCUGGAAGAAGUGCUUAGCUUAGAUCAAAGUAAAAACUCUCAUUUGAGAAAUAUUAGAGAAUCAAUCAGCAACAUCAAUGUGACAGUUCUGAAACUAAAAGGAUCUGAAACGACAUCCAGAUUUGAGUGUGAUGAUGAGACAGUCACUGUGGUAGAACUCCUGAACAGAUGGAUCACUUUUUGUCAAAGUAUCAUCUCAACACUGGCUCAUAAUUAAGUGCCUGCUGUUCAUGACAAAUCAGACUAUUUAUUUAAAUAUUUAAAAUUUAUAUUUAUUUUUGGAUGUACUGUUUGCUAUCUUUUGUAACUAUUAAUCUUUAG